GGACGCACGCCUGGUGACUCGUCAGCACGUCGACGACUAUGGCGGAAUGUAGCCAAGCUGACAGCGGCGACGCGAGCCGCCACCACACCAUGGAUAAAAGCAUCAUUUUACCUCCAGACGAAAUAUUCCGCAAUUUGGAGAACGCCAAGCGCUUCGCCAUAGACAUAGGUGGAUCGCUCACCAAACUCGCCUACUAUUCAACUGUUCAGCACAAAGUGGCCAAAGUUCGCUCCUUCGACCACUCUGCCAAGGAGGCAGCCGGCGACAAACUGUACGAGAUUUCGGUUCAAGAGGAGGUGACGGCGCGCUUGCACUUCAUCAAAUUUGAGAAUGCCUACAUCGAAACUUGCUUGGACUUUAUCAAAGACCACCUGGUCAACACCGACACGAAAGUCAUCAAGGCCACGGGUGGCGGGGCACACAAAUUCAAAGAACUGCUGGAAAGGAAACUGAGACUCAAAGUGGACAAGGAGGACGAGAUGACGUGUUUGAUCAAGGGCUGCAAUUUUGUGCUGAGGAACAUUCCUCACGAGGCCUUCGUAUAUGCCAAGCACGCCGACUCCGAAUUCCGCUUCCAGACCACCCAGCCAGACAUCUUCCCCUACCUGCUCGUCAACAUCGGUUCCGGGGUCUCCAUCGUCAAGGUGGAAUCGGAGGACAAAUUUGAGCGUAUCGGCGGAAGCUCGAUAGGUGGAGGGACAUUCUGGGGACUUGGGGCUUUACUCACCAAAACAAAGAGGUUUGACGAGCUGCUCCAACUGGCCUCGAAGGGGCAACACACCAGCGUGGACAUGCUGGUCAAAGACAUUUACGGAGGAUCCUACGGCUCUCUAGGCCUCACUGGCGACUUGAUUGCCAGCAGCUUUGGGAAGUCCGCCACGGCGGACAAAGAGUUCUCCAAAGAAGACAUGGCAAAGAGUUUGUUGCACAUGAUCAGCAACGACAUCGGGCAGCUGGCCUGCCUGUACGCCAAACUCCACCAGCUGUCGCGGGUCUACUUUGGGGGCUUUUUUAUUCGGGGGCAUCCGGUUACCAUGCACACCAUCACCUACAGCAUCAACUUCUUCACCAAGGCAAUGCUGACGUCAAGCCCGAAGACAGAUGUCCACAUUGCAGUUGUGAGCCACAUUUACAAUGAAACAUUUUUGUGUGUGCAGGGUGAGGUGCAGGCCUUAUUCCUGAGACAUGAAGGCUAUCUGGGAGCCAUUGGGGCUUUUCUCAAAGGAGCGGAGGAAGACAAUCCAAACCAGUAUAGCUGGGGGGAGAAUUACGCGGGAAGCUCCGGCCUGAUGAGUAUUUCUCCGGAAAUGAAUCCCAUGCAACGCGCGCGAAGCGGAACGUUCGACAUGCUGGAGAUGGACCGUCUGGAGAGGCAGCUGGUGAAUCUCCAUCUGCUGCAGGACCCGUCUUCCUACAUCCCUGACACGGUGGACCUCACCGAGGACGCCCCGGCCCGCGAAUACUGGCUGGACUGCUUUGAGGAGGCCCUCGAUGGCGUGGUGAAGCGAGCAGUGGCCAGCCAGCCCGACAUGGCCGAGUCGGUGGAGCGGGCCGAGAAAUUCCGUCACAAAUACAGACACAAGCUUCAGACUUUGCGCCACCAACCUUUCGCUUACGGGUCCCUCACGGUCCGAAGUCUGCUGGACACGAGGGAGCACUGUUUAAACGAGUUCAAUUUUCCAGAUCCCUACUCCAAGAUCAAACAGAAGGAGAACGACAGCGCGCUCAAGUACUACCAGAAGGCCGUCAGGUCUCUUGAGGAGCUGAGCUGGGAGCAGAGACAGUUUGCGCUCGUCCGGGGCGUCCUGGCCGGGAAUGUCUUCGACUGGGGAGCCAAAGCCGUCUCUGACGUCCUGGACUCAGACCCCGAGUUUGGCUUCGAGGAGGCAAAGAGGCAGCUGGAAGAGCGGCCCUGGCUCGUGGAUUCGUACGACCAAUGGCUCCAGAGACUGAAGGGGCGUCCUCACAAGUGUGCCUUGUUUUUCGUAGAUAAUAGCGGCGUAGACAUCAUUCUAGGAGUGAUGCCUUUUGUCAGGGAGCUCCUCUCUCGGGGAACGGAGGUGGUGCUGGCGAGCAACUCUGGUCCGGCCCUGAACGAUGUCACAAAUGGGGAGCUGCAGAUUUUGACCGAGAGGAUCGCCGCUAUGGAUCCGGUCAUUCAGGCGGGGCUAAAGGACGACAGGUUGACCUUGAUUCAGAGCGGUUCCAGUUCUCCCUGCCUGGAUCUCAGCCGCCUGGACAAAGUUUUGGCCAUGGUGGUGCGCGAGCGUCACACCGACCUGGUGAUCAUUGAGGGUAUGGGCCGGGCCAUCCACACCAAUUACUACGCGACGCUCAGCUGCGAGAGCCUCAAGAUGGCCGUCAUCAAGAACUCCUGGCUGGCCGAUCGCCUCGGCGGUAAACUCUUUAGCGUGGUCUUCAAGUACGAGGUGCCGGCCGGGGGGGCCCACGCCAAUGCUGUGUGAGUGCGCGGAUGCUUUUGUGGACUGAACAUCGUGAAUGUAAGGAGGAUGAGUGAAUGUUUUACAGGCGCAGGGAAGUAUUACAUUUCCUGUAUUUCACAAGCGUCAUUGUUUCGGUUCAUUUAGUUCACUCGGCUGGAUUUAAGCUCUGGGUCCAAGUGACCAAUUUCAAUUUAUUGCCCGACAUCAUAUUUAUUUUUCAGACUAUUUAUUCACAAUAAGCUACCAGGACAUGGGACCGCGCCCUCUCGUGAAUAGUAAACGUCCGCAAAUAGUAGAUAGACUCACAAAAGGGGUUUGCAAUUGCGUAUAGAUGCCACAAAAUCGGAGUAAAGUAGUUUCAACCAUGAGGAUCAUAAAGCAUCAACACUAUGCUGCUUCAGGCAUUGCGGUUGGCAACCUGAUGUACUCAAAGAGCCACUCAGCCAUCUCCCACAGAAAAAAAUUAAUAAAACCACCUUAUAUUUUCUGCCAUGUUCAAAGAGCUCAUUAAUUCUUGGUGCCGGUGUUGCACAUUGGCACUGCUUGUGACGCAUAUUUUGAACAACGUAAAAAAAAAAAGAAUAAUAAAAUAAAUAACAUUCCAAAUUACAUUUGAAAAACAAAAGACGGUUUAAUUUGAUUUGAAACGCUGAUUUAUUUUUUCCCAAAUCACAGAGGCACUGCAGGAGGACAAAAGAGUCACAGGACGGCUCUGGAGUCGCAGGUUGCAGACCCCUGUUCUAGCAUGUACACAAUCAUUAGCCCAUGUUACAUAAAUUAAUGUAUUCAGUAUUUCAGAUAUCAAACAAAAACAAACCAGCUGCUGGUGUGGUCAAUUAUUUUCAUAUUUGACUUAAUGGUGGAUGUUUUUUUAACAGGUUUAUUUACGCUUGCAUCAGCAGACAUCUGAUAUGAAUUAAUUUUUUGAAACACAUUUGGACUAGGCCCGAUUCAGAUUUGAAUUAAUUGGAUUCAGUGCGUUUAUUUCUCUAAACGCUCCCAUGACUUUAUCCCAUUUGUGUCACUUGAAAGUAAAGUAGAGGAAAUUGUGUCAUGUCAACCUUGCGGCGUAAAUCCAGCGUUAGUGGCACUCAGGAUUUGGGAAGUUCCACUGAAGCCACCAGUCCUUUUUUUUUCUGCCCCGUGUAUUUCUUACUCAAAAGUGCAGUUUAUGUGCCUUGGGGCUGAUGGAAAGAAAGUAUUUUAACUUCCGUGAAGGCUCCAUAGACACGCGUAUUACUGCACUCCACUGUAAAACUGUCAAGCAGUGGUUCUCAAACUGCCUGAGGGAUCCGCAAUAAACUUUUGUUGCAUUGUUUAAAAAAAAAUAAAUGUUUAAGUGCACGUGGGGACUGGCGUGCCCCCGGCAAAAAAUGAGCACACCAAAUCAGUUACUCCUCUUGCCCUUAGCUUUAGGCUCAGUAAAAGAUCUAAUGUGAUUUUGACACAAUGGUUAUAAAAAGUCUACACACCGCAGGUUUUAGUGACACAACAAAAUGGCACAAAGAAAAAUCCUGUAGUUUCCCCCACCACCGCUGCCAUGAGUACGACCUGUAAUCUGUACCAUUGAAUGAAUUCGUGGGGGUGUAUGAUUUGAAGAUAUGAUCACAAUCUGACAGAUUUGAAAUGUUUUGCAAAGAAGAGUUGGCAAAUAUUUCCCACAUCAAGAUGCACCACCCUCAUGAAGCCCAAAAAGACAAUGCGCUGAAGGUGAUGCAACAAUUGAUUCUUGAUUUUCCCUUCAAAAUAUUUCUUAUUUCAUUUGAUGGUGUCUACCUCACAUCUUUGGUGGAAAGAGCUUGAAAAUGGUUUAUUUUGAUUUGUCAGACCACAAAAACUGACAAAUGAAAAGGGUUGUGGAGACUUUUUAUAUUCCAUGUGUAAUUUGCGUUGAGAUUAUGAAGGGCUCCUUGGCAAAAUGCAGUCUUGAGAACCCCCGGCUGUCAAAUGACUCUUGUAAGCACAACAGCCAAGUGCGAUAUUAGCCAUCUCCUCCACAAGGUGGCGGUGUUGUGCCGUGAUGAAACAAAUUCCUGCUCAUCGAGAUCACACUCUCGUGUUGAUGAUAUUGGACAGGGAGCUUCCAUUCGUUCAUUCAGGUGAGAAAGAACAAUUUAAGGUGUUUUAAGUAGUGAAUUGUGUUUCUCAUUUCAGUGCACCUGUACAGUUUUUUUGUGUGUUCUAAUCAUGUAUAGAAAGCACAUUUGCGUCAUUAUUAUUCUUCCGAUUCACUUUUCUUGAAAAACAAUUACCCC